AUGGAGGAUGAGCGGGUCGACGCGUCUUCCGCCGGUACCCGGUUGCUGUCGUCGACACCCAACGCCGCCACCCCAACUACCAUGAAUUUACCUCCACCUCCGGGCCACCCCUUAGCCACCUACGUCGUCCAAGUCCCUAAAGACCAAAUCUAUCGCGUCCCACCGCCCGAGAACGAUGGCAUCGUUAAUCGCUACCGCGAGGCGGCCAAGGCCAAAGGCAAGAAAAGAAAAGGGAAUUUUUGCAAUUUCUUUUUAUUGUUCGUCGUUGUUUUGCUCCUCCUGGGUGUUAUCGUAUGCGGAACCCUAACGUCGAUUUACUUCAUCUUCACCCCUAAAUCCCCCAGUUUCUCCGUCGCAAAGCUCCACGUUAAGCAACAGAAAAAGGGUAGUCCCCCGACGUAUGACGUCACGCUGAAAGCCAAGAACCUUAAUGAAAAGAUGGGGAUCCAAUACGAAUCAGAUAAAGACGGCGCCAGCCUCGAUUUCUGGAUCAAAAACCUCGGAUUCGGAGACUUCCCUGGCCUCAAACAAGAGGCCGGCGUUUCAAGCAACGUUAAGGUUAAAAUUCGUGGUUUGAAAUCGAAAACGGUCCCGCUCAGUGUUCAGAAGAGCAUCAGCGACAAAAAGACGAAACGUCAAAUCUCUCUGAAGCUGAAACUGGAAUCUCCAUUGGUGUUCAACGUUUGGAUCUUGAAGCUUUGGAAGAGAAACUUGCAUGUCAACUGUGAUUUUAGGGUUAGCACCUUGGCAGAAGGAACCAGAAUUUUGUCCCAAAAGUGUAAGACCGAAAUGUCUUAA